CUUCACGUCUUCCUCCGGGAACCGCCGGAGGCAGCCAUGGUUCUCAUGACUAAGCUUUGCCGCUUCAGUGGUGCCAAGAUCUACCCUGGUAGGGGCAUCAGAUUCAUCCACUCCGAUUCUCAGGUUUCCCUGUUCAUAAAUUCCAAGUGCAAGAGGUACUUUAACAACCGCCUCAAGCCAUCCAAGAUCACAUGGACUGCCAUGUUCAGAAAGCAGCACAAGAAGGUAGGUAGUGCAGCUGCUUAUUUAGAGACGGGCAUAUUUUCAUCAUGGCGUUAUUCUAUUCUUUUGAUUUCUUCUGUUCUUAUCAUCACAUGGCUCAACUUAAGCAAUGAUGUUAUGAUUUCGAUACAGGAGCAGAUAAAAACAAGGUAG